GGUGGUCCCCCACACACAAACCUUACUCUCGGCAAACAAAGCACUAGAAACCCCAAAAUUAUUUGCGACCAAGAGGACUGGAUCUCGACAACGCGACCAACUACCCCCGGCGCAUCGCAUCGCAACACCCCCUCGAAUCUCUCAUCCUCAGUUCAACCACAAUCAUGGCUGACUCAACGAAAGAAGUUCCUUUGAACUCAGUGCAGGUCGAGGCACUGGUAUGCGAACCCCACCCCAUGGCGGGGAAGGUCAAGGCUGAUGAAAUAUCCAAUACAGGUGGUCAUGAAGAUCGUCAAGGCAUGCGCUGCUACCUUCCCUACGACGGCGACUGGAUCGAUUGUGGGAAUGGACGUAAAUGGGACCCUCCAAAUCACCAACAGUUUUCCCUUCCCAACAGCAGAUAUCACCGCCUCCGACUCCCAUCCUAAUGACCAUAUGGCCGCCUCGAACCUCGCCGCUGCCGCUCCACGAGGAAAGGCGAAUAUCACAUACCAGAAUGAGAUGAUAAAAUAUCUUCGGGAAGUGAACGUGGACGCAAACAAUGUUGGGUGGUACACUAGCGCAAAUAUGGGAAACUUCGUCAAUAUCAGCUUGAUUGAGAACCAAUUUUUCUACCAGAAGGAGCCAAACGAGAAGACCGUUGCUUUGGUUCAUGAUGUCAGCCGAAGCUCACAAGGUGCUUUGAGUCUUCGCGCUUUCAGAUUAUCUCCAAGCUUCAUGGCUGCUUAUAAAGAGAGCAAGUUUACUACGGAAAAGUACGUGUUUCACAGCCUUUGUGUGGACGAAUCUAACAUCCAAAUAGCAUGCAAAAAACCAAACUCACCUACAAAGAUGUAUUGGUCGAGUUACCAAUUAUUGUCCAUAACUCUCACCUCCUCACUUCUUUCCUACACCAAAUGCCAGCUGAGCUUCCGAAGGAAGAGCUUGAUUUCCCCACCAGUCUCGCAGACUUGAACGCAAACCAGCCAGCAAUUCCGCUAUACCCCAAUCUUGAUUCUCUCGAUCUUUCCAUUGACCCAUAUCUGGAACGAACUUGCGAUAUGCUCUUGGACAGCAUCGAGACGCACUAUACCGAGUUGAACAACUUCCAAUACUACCAAAGACAGCUCGCCCGUGAACAAACCAAGAUCACCGCAUGGAAGACAAAGCGAGCGGCGGAGAAUGCAUCAAGAGUUCAACAAAAGCAGGCGCCAUUACCAGAAGAUGAGUGGGAGAGGGUUUUCAAAUUGCCAACGGAGCCGAGCCGGCUGGAAGGCAUGUUGAACGCAAGACAAGUGGAGCAAUACUCGAGACAAGUUGAUGGAUUUACUGCCAGUAUCACCAGCAAGAUGUUUGCCGUGAAGAGUAACUUGCUUCCCGAUUCAGAAUAAAUGUAUGAUAGUUAAAAAGGGUUUGCUUUGAAGAAGUACACAUUUGCUAUCGCAAUUUGCGGUACAUCUCUCC